AGCACUGUUUUAAGCUCUCGUUGACUACCUCAUUCCAUGAUUUAAUUGGAAAUUUCAUGAAUCCUUGGUAAGAAAGUCGUGGGAAAUUUGUGUGUGGUCCGGACGACUAAAUUCCAUGUAGCUUCCAUUGAAGUUCAUCCGAUGGAGUGAGGAGAGGAAGAAGGUGGGAGGCGUGGGGAAUUGGUGGUGAUUUGUGAAGGAUUGAUUGCAUUGGAAAUUGGCAUUGUGGGUGAAAAAUGUCAGAUAUUGCGACGACAAUUGGGUUGAACAUAGCGAACGAGCUGAUAGGAAAGGUGCUGAUGCAGAUACGAGAGACGGGCAGCGCGACGCACAAUGUUCUGUUUGCAAAGCGGAGCUUCAGGGAAUUGCAGAGCCACAUAACGAAAAUAGAGCCGAUUCUGGUGGCACUAUGGCACCGGAACGUGCAGGGGUCGUCGGAUACAGUGAAAAUUGCGUUGGAGGAGUUGCAGGAGCAGCUGAACAAGGCGUCGAGGCUCAUCAACAGCUACACGUCGGGAAGCUGGAUGUACCUCUUCUUGAAAUUGAAGCUGCUGCCUGACGAGAUGAAGGAAAUCACAGGGGGCAUCGAACGGAGCUUGCACGCGUUAAGAAUCGCGACGCUGGAUGUGUCGCUGGAGAUCAAGGAGAAGACGGUGGCGCUGUGCGAGACCAUGCGCAAUGCGGAGUUCAAGGCGGAAGUGGGGACGGAGUCACUGGUGGGGGAAAUUGAGCGAGAGAUGCAGCACAUGCAGAGCGACAGCCGCCAGGUGCUUCAGCUCAUUGUGCAGGUCGCCAACGCUAUGGGAGUCGACAUGGACCACUCUUCCCUCCACUCCGAAGUGGAGAAGGUCCGCCAGAAGAAGGAGGCGCUCGAGAACAACAAGAAGGAGGCCGAGGCCUACAUGCUCAACCAGAUUCAGGCCUUCCUCUGCCGCUCCGGCAUUGUUUCUACGGAUUCUUCCCUGCCUGUCUCGCAGCCGGUGCCUCUGUACUUCUUCUGCCCGCUCAGCGAGGCCAUCAUGGAAGACCCCGUCGAUCUGGAGACGGGAAUUACCUACGAGAGGUCAGCCAUUGAGAAGUGGUUUGAGAGCGGCAACACCACCUGCCCUGUCAACAAAUGUGAGGUGCAGAGCCGCCAUUUGAUUCCCAACCGUAAUCUGCGAGAGCUCAUUCGAGAGUGGAAGCAAAGCAAUGCCAAAUUCCGAAUAGACACGGCAGCGACCAAAUUGGCCACGGAGGCCGAGGCUGAGGCCGCCCUUGUCGACCUCUCAACUCUCUGUGCCGAAAGCAGCUCUUACAGUCGCCUCAUUGGAGACAAAGGUCUGAUCCCCGCAAUAUUUCAUCUUACAUCCUCUAAUUUGGACUCCGUGCGCCUCAAAGCAAUGCAAUGCUUGUGUUGUCUUGCAGAACACGAUACUAACAAGGAGAAGAUUGCAAAAGCUGGGGAAAUAGAGGAGAUAGUGAACUAUCUCACAGAAGAAACCGAGAUGAAGAGCCUAGCAGUUUCUUUGCUACUAGAGCUUUCCAAAGAUCAUCAGCUACGAAACAUGAUAGGGGAGACUCGAAAUUCCAUUCCUUUGUUGGUUUCCAUGCUGAGUGGUCCACAUGCAGAAAAGUCAAGAGAAGUACUUACUAACUUGUCAAGGGUGGAUGCCAAUAUCAUAGAAAUGGCGGAGGUUCACUAUUAUGAUCCUUUAGUCAACCAGCUUAUACAAGGGUCUCUAAAAACAAAAAUGUUUCUUGCAGAUAAGCUCUCUAAAAUUAAGCAUAUUGAUUGCAGUAGGGCUUCUGUGACUAACGGGGGUAUUAUACCUAGUCUGCUCCAAAUGAUAUCGGAAGAUAAUCCAGAAUCGAUGUUAGUUUCUCUUUCCGCUCUUAAAAAUCUGUCAAGAAUGGCAGAGAACUGUGUUUGCAUUCUUGAUGCAAAUGUAGCUUCUCGUCUGUUCACGCUUAUGUUUAUGGCUUCAAUAAGAAUCGACUUAAGAGAGCAAGCAGCUGAGAUACUGGCUAAUUUAGCGAGAGCAUCUUCUAAAGGGAAAAAAAUCCAUCAGAAGCUAAAAACAUUGGCUUCUGAAGAAAAUAUUAAGAGUAUUUUAGAUAAUUGUUUGAUGGGACAGUCAUUGAAAGUUCAUCUUCUUCAAAUACUUUUAGGCCUGUCUUCGAAGAGCUCUAGAAUCAUGCUUCGUGUGAGGAGUGCGCAGGGCAUCCAUGUACUUUUGACUCUCAUAUGUGAUCUAAAUCCAGAUGUUCGUAUCUAUGUGACAAAGCUGCUAAUCUGUUUAACGGAAGAUGGAGGAGAAGAGGAGCUUGCAGAAAAUCUAGGGGAAACACACAUCAAGACUUUGGUGGACAGAAUAUCAAAUGCCAAUAGAGAAGAAGAGAAGGCUGUUUCUGCAGGUAUACUAUGUCGUCUUCCAAAAGACAAUGACAAGAUAAGAACGGUGCUCUUGCACGCAGGGGGGUUGGAUGCAACUGUCCGUUUGCUCUCUUCAGCUGAAUCCAGUAAUUGUAAAAUCAGAGAAGGAGGCACACUGAUAGAGAAUGGUCUUGGAGUAUUAUUACACUUCACCAGUCCAUCCGAUUUAAUUAUUCAGAAAAGAGCAAUAGAACUUGGCAUAAUGCCUUUGCUUGUGGGUUUUCUCUUAACAGGUUCUUCCCUUGCAAAGCAUAGAGCUGCCACUGCUUUGGGACAAAUUUCAGAAAGCACAAUAAAGACGAGCACUGUAAUUAAACCUCAAAGUAGUGUUCUCUAUUAUGCUUGUGGGUGGUGGGCAAGUCCUGAUCCUGAACAGAUUUGCCAUGUACAUGGAAGAAUAUGUGCCACAGAGGCAUCGUUUUGCUUGGUAAAUGCAGGGGCAGUAGAACCUCUUGUAAGGGCAUUGCAGGACAGAGAGUGCCGGGCAGAUGAAGCUGCCCUGGAUGCACUGAUUACUCUUCUGGGUGAUGGCAUGUGGGAGGCGGGUUUGAAGGAAAUAGAAAAAGCCAAUGGUAUAGGACCCAUAGUGCAAGUUCUCCGCAAUGGCAGCCCCGACGCUCAGGAGAAGGCCAUGCUGGUCCUGGAAAAGAUUUUCCAAAAGCAUGAAUACCGAAGUCUUUAUGCCACUGCCGCACGUUUCCCCUUGAUAGACCUAAUGCAGAAAGGACCAUCAUCAACGGGAAGAAGAGCCACAACAAUACUACAGCUCUUAGGUGAGAUGCCAGAAGACUCCGGGUGGAUGCAAAGCCAGUGAAACAAAUUACAACCUAAUUUUUAUUUUCCUCUACAUCUUUAUUUUCCUCUACAUCUUUGGCCUCUGGAUGUUAAAAAUAUUAUAUUCUUUUAUAUGAUGCAAUACUGCACUAUUUAUUAAGUUUUUACACCUUUGCCAUGUAAUUUCGCUGUCCAAUAUAUUUGUAUUAUUAAUAUUUAAGAUAGUCUACAAACCUUUCCUCCAAAGUUUCGAAGUCCAAAGAUAUAUAGUUAAUUAUAUUGUUCUCAAAUUAUUUUUAAGUAAAUGCUAUUAUUAGUAUUCUGUUCA